CGCUGCGACACUUCAUCGUCUACCCGCCGGAGUCUGCCGUCCACAACUCUCUGAAGGAUGAAGACAACGGCAGCCGAGGGCGACAGCGGAACCGUCUGGAGCCAAUGGACACCAUUUUCGUCAAGCAAGUGAAGGAGGGAGGCCCCGCCCACGGAGCUGGACUCUGUACAGGGGACCGGAUAGUGAAGGUGAAUGGAGAGAGCAUCAUUGGGAAGACCUACUCGCAAGUCAUAGCUUUGAUCCAGAACAGCGAUGCUUCACUGGAACUCUGUGUGAUGCCAAAGGAUGAGGACAUUUUGCAGCUGGCGUAUUCCCAGGAUGCAUAUCUCAAAGGAAAUGAUGCUUACAGCGGAAAUGCCCAGAACAUCCCCGAGCCCCCUCCCAUAUGCUACCCUCGGAUAGAAGUCAAGACCGCGGGCAUGGCUCAGACAUCAGAGCCCGCCGCAGUCAGCGAGACCCCCCGAGGGCCGGCUCAGGGACCAGGAAGAAGAGGGGCGUCUGCGGAUAAGAGCUACCGAGUCGAAAUCCCUGUUCCGCCAUCUCCUCCGCCCCAACCGACGUCAAAGACUCAGACGGUGGUUUGUGUCUGCAGUGACAAUGUGAGGACAGUGGCAAUGCCUCCUGAUCCGGUUGACAGGGGGUCCCGGGCGGCUCGGGCUGGACCCAGCCACAGGACAGAGGAAAACCGGUACAGUCCUUCGGCAGAUUCCGGCUCAGCUAGACCGAGACCGCUUAUUCCCUCAGUACCUGGGGGUGCACAGUUGCAGUACCCCUCUUCCCGUCCCGCAGAAAGCCCGGUCUACUCCCCAUCCUCGAGACCUGGUCCGAUCUAUCCGGACACGUUGUCUCCAGCUGUACGGGCCGCCUCUGCCUCACCGGACACGUUCUCCAGCGCCAUCUCACCCAGCGCCAACCACUACUCACCCUCUCCCACAGCCCCCUCCACCUCCCCACAUCAGAACAUUGACUGGAAAAACUACACCACCUACAAGGACUAUAUAGACGCCAAGAGGCUGCACACUUAUGGUUGCCGCACCAUCCAGGAGCGCCUGGACAGCCUGCGGGCGGCUGCCAAUUCCAGCUCCGCCUACGCCCAGCAACGUACACCGCCUCCUGCUAGCGCCAGUCAAAGAGGGGCACUGGACUCCCAGGUCAAACGGAGAAGCGCCUCGAAUGACCGCGAGGGCGACGCAAGUGGCAAAGGCACAGCGGUGACUCCGUUACGUAGCGUCUCGCAAGAGAGGCUCGGAGGUGGAGCAGAGAGGACAGCACCGAUCAGGAACUGGCCUCGGAGUGCUUCUGAGGAUGCCCUGCCUUUCUCCAGCCCCACAGGAGUCCCCAAACCUCGGGCUCGGUCUUGUGACUACCUGGGGCAGCAGUCUGGAGAACCAGGUGGGUUGGCUGUCUUCGGAGACAGGGUGGUGUUGGAGGACAGGCUGCUGCUGUGUCGGGGAGAGGAAGCCAGAGCCAGCAGGCAGGGAGCAGGCCUGAGAGCUUUACCUCAUCUGAACAGGAGUCUCACUGGACAGGAGGGGGACCGGCGAGGAGGUGGAUUAUCAAACUCCGCUCCCGUGUUUACAAAAUUUACGACGGAUUCCGUGCUAACCCCACGGACAGACGGUGUCAUCAUGAGACCAUCGCGCCUGCCUGUUAAAAACUCCUUCUCAGACCCCGCGCAUGCCUUAUCCUCGAUUAGAACCACCGACCCUCUCAAAGACCAAAGAGCUAACCUCGUGGGCAACCACCUGGGCUACUCCUCCCCUCUGCACCUGCAGCCCCGAGGCCGGGCUGACAGUCUGAAAAUGGAGAGCAGGUCCGAGGCCGGGUUGUCAGCCAGGUCCUCCUCUUGCUCUGGUACCUCCUCUAAACUGCCCUUGCAGAGACAACUACAAAGCGUAGUUGCUGCCUCUUCCUCUGGUUCCUCCACCACUAACGGAGGUGUUACCCAAAAGCCAAAAGUCAGAGAAAUCUCCAGUUCUACCGGCGCCCUUGUACGGACUAAUGGCGGUCUCGCAGAGGGCGUGGAAGGACCGGAUGCGACAGUGGUUGUACUAAGAAGGGAGAAAAACUCCGGACCUCCCCACAUCCGCCCUCCGUCCUAUGUGCUAGCUGUUAAUGACAACCAGGGAGGGGUGAGUCACAAGUCCCCGCCAUUGGUGAAGGCAGGCUCUGCAGAUGGAGCUAUGUGCUGGACGUCUAACGACAGCUUUAGGGAGAUGCAUCUGAGAAGAUUUGGAGACACACGACAUAAGUCUGGCUCCAACAACUUGGACGACUCCCUGGAUUCAAUCCCCUUCAUAGAUGAACCAUCCAGUCCCGGUACCGACCAGGACAGCACCCUCAUCCCCGCCUCUGCUGUUAUAUCAGGAACGCCCAUCAUCACCACCACCAUCCCACCCAGCCCCUCCUCUCCGUCCCCGCUCAUUCGACGCCAUCUGUCACAUGAUCAAGAUUCUCUCCGUCUCACGAUUAUUGACUCGGAUUCCGGUACUAAAACAGAGCGGUCCAAGUCGUAUGAUGAAGGCCUGGAUAACUACAGAGGAGAAGGCAUAGGGAGGUCUUUAAUACCUGGUCUGAAGAGUCUGAGGAAGGUGGACAGGUCAUCCGAGGAUUCAGGGUCCAGGAGGGAUUCUUCAUCGGACGUCUUCUGUGACGCCACCAAGGAGGGUUUGCUUCAUUUCAAGCAGCUGAACACGGACAAGAGCAAGCGUGUCGGAGGAGGUAUGCGCCCGUGGAAACAGAUGUACGCCGUGUUGAGAGGCCGCUACCUUUGCCUGUACAAAGACAGAAAGGAAGGGCAGGCUCACGCCAACUGCCAGGCAGUGGACGAGCCGCUGCCAAUCAGCAUCAAGGCCUGCCUGAUCGACAUCUCGUACAGCGACACGAAGCGCAAGAACGUGCUGCGGCUGACCACGUCGGACUGCGAGUACCUGUUCCAGGCCGAGGACCGGGAGGACAUGCUGGCCUGGAUCAGAGUCAUUCAGGAGAACAGCAACCUGGAUGAGGAGAACGCGGCCUUCACCAGCCAUGACCUCAUCAGCAGGAAGAUCAAGGAGUACAACACUUUGAUGAGCCCGACGGGCAGCAAGACGGAGCCGUCGCCCAAACCGUCACGCCAGAGCAUCAGACAGACGCUGCUGGGAGGGAAGGGAGAGCCCAAAGCAUCGAGCCCACUCACUCCCAAACCUGAGCAGGAAAAGAAAAACAUGCACAAAGAUGACACAAGCCCUCCAAAGGAUAAAGGGACAUGGAGGAAGAGCAUCCCGGGGCUGAUGAGGAAACCUUUCGAGAGGAAGCCGUCUCCAGGAGUCACGUUUGGAGUGAGGCUGGACGACUGUCCACCUGCACUGAACAACAAGUUUGUGCCUCUGAUUGUGGAGGUGUGUUGUAAGCUGGUGGAGGAGAGGGGGUUGGAGUACACAGGCAUCUACAGAGUCCCAGGAAACAACGCCGCCAUCUCCAACAUGCAGGAGGAGCUCAAUAACAAGGGCAUGAACGAUAUCGAUGUCCAGGACGAUAAAUGGAGGGACCUCAAUGUGAUCAGCAGUUUACUCAAGUCCUUUUUCCGCAAACUUCCAGAGCCGUUGUUCACCAACGAUAGGUACGCAGAUUUUAUAGACGCCAACAGAACAGAAGACCCAGUGGAGAGACUCAAAGUGCUCAAGAGGCUGCUUCAUGAGUUGCCCGAUCAUCAUUACGAGACCCUCAAGUUCCUCUCGGCUCAUCUCAAAACUGUGGCUGACAACUCAGAUAAGAAUAAGAUGGAACCAAGGAACCUGGCCAUCGUGUUUGGUCCCACUCUGGUGCGCACCACCGAGGACAACAUGACCCACAUGGUGACACACAUGCCAGACCAGUACAGGAUAGUGGAGGCCCUCAUUCAAAAUUAUCACUGGUUUUUCACCGAAGAUGGGAACGGAGAUCCAGUGACUAUAUCCCAUAAUGACAGCGCGGUGGAGUCUCAGCCCGUCCCCAACAUCGACCACCUGCUCACCAACAUCGGCCGUACGGGCACAUCGCAGGGUGAAGUAUCAGAUUCACCGACUAGUGACUCAGCUAAAUCAAAGGGUUCCUGGGGCUCAGGGAAGGACCGAGAGCUGCUAGUCUCCUCCAUCUUUGCUGCAGCCAGCCGCAAAAGAAAGAAGUCAAAGGAGAAGCCGCUGCCUAGCAGCUCAGACGAUGAUCUGGACGCUGUGUUCCACACGAAGGAGAUCCUUGGCCAGAAGCCGAACCACCACGGCCUCCAGACUGAGGCCCAGCAGAGCGAGACUCGUCCGGGCCCCAACGCAAAACCCAACGCCAAGCAACCAGUACGCGCAGAGGAGAGGAAAGAGAACGGGAGAACUGUGGAGGUCACGCCUAAAGCCAAGAGAGAUCACAAGAACUCCUUAUUCCUGAAGGAGAAGACUCCAUCCAGACAGCCCUCCCCCGCCCCGUCCCCAAAUAUCUCUGGCUACCAAACUCAGGUGAAAUCCUCCUUGUCGGAUCCCCCGUCCCAGCUCGACGAGAACACCUCAGACCUCGGGACCAUGAGCUCUGGAGCGUCCGCGCCCAAGUCCAGACCGAAGAAGUGGACCGGAGCGUCCUCUGAUCUUCCUGCAUGUGUCGGACUGGCGACGGGUCCGGGGGCGUCGGCCGGUGCAGAGGUGAGCUCCAUCACCUCCGACUACUCCACCACGUCUUCCAUCACGUUCCUGACCGGAGCGGAGUCCAGCGCGCUCAGUCCGGAGCUGCAGUGUGGGGAGGAGGCGGACGACGAACGCAGCGAGCUCAUCAGCGAGGGGCGACCCAUGGAGACGGACAGCGAGAGUGACUUCCCGGUGUUUGCUCCGGGCGGAGGCAGCAGCCAGUCUACGCCCUGUCCAGACCAGAGUCUAGACAAGACUGAACUGAGAGCAGGUGGAGCAGCGGAGGGCGGCACCACGCCAAAGAUGGAAGCGCGGCGCCUUUUCCCGUCACACAGGAUGGUUGAGGGCGACACCCUCUCCAGAAGGUGGUCCCUGAGACAGAAGACAGACAGCGAGUCAUCGGUGGAGGGCGUCGCUGGGAGCUCGGAGCGUAGCGAGGGUAGGGCGGAGUCUUCAACGCGGCUCUCUCGGGUCCUGGAGGUCAUGAAGAAAGGCCGGUCCACGAGCAGCCUCAGCUCGUCCUCACGCAGCGAGUCGGAGCGUCCCGAACCGGCCUGGCACCUUAAGAUCACAGAGCGGCUCAAAUUCAGGUUACGCUCCUCUGCUGACGAUAUGUUCACCCCGAAGAUCAGAGCUCCGGACGCCCGAGCGAAGAAGAAGAACAUCCGCCGCAGGCACACCAUGGGCGGGCAGAGGGACUUCGCAGAGCUGGCGGUCAUCAACGACUGGAGGGAGCAAGGCGGAGUGGACCAGACCGCCGACCUGUCCGCCCUGGACCGCCUCAAGCCCAGAUGUUCCUCUCAGGACUUCUCCAUCCGGGACUGGAUCACCAGAGAGCGGUGUAAAGGCUCCGAUUCGAGCGUUGAAGUUGCACCUAAAGCCCUUCCAGAGGACGAUCACGCAGAAGAUAAAGACGUAGCGCCUGAAAGACCUUCUCCUUCUGCGUCUCCGGGCGCAACGCCGCCAGCAGGAGAGCAAGUCAACGGCGGCGGGCUGCAAGGCAAAAACAAAGGCAGCCUCGGGGCGGACGCUCACCCUCACAAACUGUCCGGAGCACAGGUGGUCCGCUCACGGUUCUACCAGUAUCUGUGAAAAACGUAUGAAUGCGUAAAUGUACGAAUGUGGGUAUUUUAGCUAAGGUUACUGCACAAUAUUUUUUCUACAAAGUAUACUUUAUGUAUCUACUGUACAUACUAUGUAUAGGCUUAUGUGAUUGUUACUGGAAUAAUGCUGAAGAGAUGUUUAUGUGUUUGAUUCCACUGACUUGUUGGCCGUACUGGAACAGACGUGGACAAAACUUGGACGUCCUCCUGCAGGAUGGAACCCUAAUAAUGCAAGAAUGUGACUUUGCUGUUAAGAUGUUGAGUUAAUGGGACAGAAUGGACUUCGUGGGUUGUUAAACAGCACUAAUGAAAGGAAAGAAUGUCAACUUGACUUUUACUGAAUGCAGGAGGAAGAUUUUUUUUAAGGAAUCAUGGUUCAGUUCUUCCUAUUAUAAGCGGUAUGAAGAAUGUAUUACUCUCUUGGACUAACCCUAGUUGCUUGUGACAAUAUUGUCAUUUUCAAAACAAUAUGUAUGUGUUUUUUGUUUUUUUUGCCUGUACUUGAAGUAUGUGGAUGUAACUGAAGGCUGCUUUCUGAGCUGGGUGCUGUGGGAAAGUUGUUUUUUUUCACAGUACAGUCAUAACAGCCAGAUAUUAGCUUGAUGGACUGGAAGAUUAUUAUAGUUUUAUCAAAUAAAGACUGAAAAAUAAGUAAUGAAAUGCUGAUACUAUAGUAUGUAAUGCUUGGUACAGUAGUUUUUAUUUCCAAACGUUGUCCAGUUGUAGUCCAAAAAGUGAGUUUUUACACAUUGUUUUUAUCUCAAAAAGAAAAAGUGCCUCUUUUUUCCCCUUUUUUAAACAGUUUUUACCAACAAUUGACGAGAAAAAAACACUUUUUGGAAAAAACAAUCUCACAGGCAUUCCAGAGAUGUUUUUUUUGUUGUGGGGUGUUCCCUGUUUAUAGUUAAACUCACAUCAACAUCAGAGCAUCCAAAUGUACGUCAGUGUCUGUGUUUCAUUAGAGUUUUAAUACCCCUCUUUUAUUUUUCAAAUGCAGUAAAAUGCAUGGGCGCUUAAAACCUGGGAGAAAAAAACAAAAGUAUCUUUAAAACUGCAUGAGACAAAGUUUUCUGAACAGUGAACAUCUCACCUGUGUACAGCAAAACAAGGGUGCAAUGCCCUCCUUCAACAAA